AUGCUGGUUAAAAAGCGAAAAAGAAACUCAGGGCCAACGGUGGCCGCGGACUUGCCUCCACCCACUGAACGUCCUAUAAACAUACCAAAAACACGCAGGGAGGCAGAACCGAGUGUAAAAGAUCAUAAAUCACUUAUUGAAAGUGUUAAUUCGCUUCCAUUCAGCGAGUUUAUUCAUCGAUAUAUACCAUCAUAUGCCUUAGAUCUUACUAUCCGGAUCCCUGCCCGGUGCUCAGAUGACAUCCCCGGAGAGCCUGGACAUAUUACCUACUCAGUUCAGUUUUAUUCUGCUGCCUCAAUGCCUGAACCGUAUAUGAAUGCGUGCUAUGAUCUUAUAUAUCUCACCAGUUCAGCAGCAUAUAAGCAGUCAGCCUGCGGUUGGUCAGCUCGUAAAAAGAGACAAGAAAUGAAACUGCUAGACAUGCGGUAUAUGGUGCUUGUUGCCAAAAAAAAUCAUGAAGCCGAAGGUAGUUUGGCUAUGCCUACCGUUGGAGGUUUCUUGUCCUUUAUGGCUACCGAUGAAGACGAGAUACAGGUGCUCUACUGUUAUGAAGUUCACCUUGCCCCGGAGGUGCAGCACAAGGGUGUCGGAAAACACUUACUUCGAAUAUUCGAAGACAUUGGCAAAAAUAUCGGCCUUCGAAAAGGGAUGCUCACGGUUUUCAAAUCUAACAAGAGCGCUAUUCGAUUUUACGAACGGCUUGGCUUCACAGAAGAUGAGAAUUCGCCAAAGCCAGUCAAAUUGCGGAACGGAAGGGUGAAAGAAUACGAUUAUAUGAUUAUGUCCCAGCCGCUUACAAGUGAUAGCGGUGAGAGGAUGGAUAUCACGGUACCCGAUAUCAAUUGA